AUGGAUCCCAAACGGUGAGUUCCAAAGAUCUUUUGAAUAUUCGGAAAAACAUUAAAUUUCCAGACCAAAUUCGUGUGGAUGUGGUAAAUGUUCAGUCGAACUCAAUUUGUUUUCUGAAAAGUUCAAGACUGGCUCAUUGCAUGUUGUUGCAGGAGUGUAUCUUGCCAAACGCAAAUAUUAUGAACUGAAUGCACACCUGACGAGACGUGUCCAAAAUGGACACUGUACAUUUUUUUCAAAAGUCACACUGCAUUUUUUUUCGAAAAAUAACUUUGUUUCCUUUUCACCAACAUUUAACCUGAGGAAAUAAAUGCGCAUUUAGUUCAGUGGUAGGCCAUUUUGCUACACAGGAAAAGUCAGGCCUGCCUGCCGCAGGUGUGUGGCAGGUAUCUCAUGGUUGGCAGGACCGCAGCAGGCGUGCGGCAGGAGUUGAUAAAUUUUUCGUCGGCAUGCCGCACGCCGACCAGAAAUUUUUUCAUCCGACAUUUUUUUUUGAAAAUGAAAAGGUGUAAGAAUAUGCGAAAUGGUAUUCCCAAUUGUACUUCAUAAGAAUUCAUCGAAUUUUCGAACAGUGGAACUUCAAAACUUCCAAUGGAAGGUCAUUUAGGUUGUAUGGUUGAAUUUCUUGAAAUAGAAGCGAAAUUUCAUAAAAUACAUGGGACAAAUUUUUGAAAAAUCGAAUUUUUCAUUUACACAUUCAAGAAUCGAACGGUUUUCAGUUCAAAGUUUGAUCUCUAAGCUGGCCUAUUUGUUUUUUCUCAACUAAAUAGUAUGAAAUGCAUAUCAUUUUGUUCGUAAUGAAAUUUCACAUUCAAUGGUGCAAAUCAUUUUUCACGAAAACUUAUAUUCGCCGCGCGCAAAAAUCAAAUAAAAACAAAGGCGCACACAAUUAUUUUCUUUGGUCCUACGCGGAAACGCGUUUGUGUGUACUUCUCACGGACAACUUGUGAAAUUUUUUUCAUUUUUUUUCGUUUCGUUUUGUUGUUGUGUUUUUUGAGAGAUUUAAGCGUUUAAUGAGUUUAUAACAGCUGCAUUUUAGUCUAAGGAGAAUAUUAAUGAAAAUGUACUUGGCGGCUAUUAGAAAUUUUCUUUGAAAACACCAAAAUUCCUCAAACAUACGUCUUCAAACAUCUUUAAAAAUUUUUUUGCAUGAAUGGCGUAUGUUUUUUGGAUGUGGAGACGAAAUAGGUUUCUGGGACGACAACUCAGUCGGUGAUUCGGAAGCCCAAUAUUCGUGAGGUAUUUUUUCGUCUGCGCAUCUUAGAACAAAAUCUGUCUCGACGAUAAUUCGAUAAAUCGCCAAAGUUGUCUCGUUUUGCUUACAAAUCUAGUAAUUCUCACCUAGGAAAUUUAUGAAACCUAUGAAAAAUGAUAUUUAUGUAUGUUUUAGUGAAACUUCAUUUGGUUAAUUUAGAGAUAAGUUUGCCACUAGGAUAUUGGCGUAACACUGGUUGAUAGGUUACAGUAUAAGAUUUUUCUUUUUCAAAUUCUCGUAAUUCAAUCGUUUUCUUUACAUGCAUCGAAAAUAAUAUUGAUUACAGACAAUUUCGCCACGAUGCAUCUCGAAGAAUUGGUGGAAUGCGCCAAUAUGCAAGGGAUCAGGGCUGGUCGGAAUUGACCUUUCGGAAUUUCGGAAGUCCCAUUUUCACUCCCGAUUUUAUUUUCGGAAUUUCGGCAUUCCGACUUUUUAUUCCGAAUAAUUUUUCGAUAGUUCGGAAUUCCGAUUUUUUCUUCCGACUUUUUUUUCGGAAUUUCGAAAGAAAUUCGGAAGUCCUAAUGCGCAGGAAAAAACUGGAAAACGACAUUUUUCGAUGAGUUAUCAGAACAAUUAUAGUGAAAAUAGUUGCGAAAAGUGAAUCUUGUUCUUUAGUUUAUGAAAGACAACAAAUGUUUGUCUAUUAUCGAUUAUUAAGAAAUUUUUCACCAUCAUUUCAGCCAUAAAAUAAAGUUUUCUUUAAAAAAGCAUAUAUUCCGAUAUUUCGAAAUUUUUCGAAAAUGAUUCCGACAAAAAAGUCGGAAUGAAUAAAAAAGUCGGAACGAGAGUCGGAAUUCAAGCAAUUCCGAGUUUUUCUUUCGGAAGUGCUUCCGACCAAACUACACUUCCGAAAAAACGUCGAUUUUCGGAAUUUCGGAAUUCCGAUAUUCCGAUUCCGACCAGCCCUGCAAGGGAUUCCUUGUAAGUCUAUCUUAGAAAUGUUGUGAAUUCGAUAAUUUCGAUAAUCUUACAGGUUUCCCAUCGCUUGCUUGGACAAAUGAGUGAAAUGGAAGAUGCGCCGAGUUUGAGCAAGGUAAAUAUUUAUAAUUUUUAUCGAAAAUAAAUCAUAUUGAUGAUAAAAAUCUUUAUGCCCUUUUGUGAAUUAGACAAAAAGUUGUCAUCUAAAGAUAUCAAAUUCUUACAUUAAUAACUUUUCGGUUGAAAUCGUAGUUGAGUUUGGUGAAAAAUUGGCCAAGCUUCUUCCACCUGCGUUCCUGGCUUCUAUAAAGUCACCGGGAUCUCAGACAGUUUCAGGAUUUCAUUAAAAUUCCACUCCAGGUCCCAUUAUUACUUUCCCGAGUCGUCUACAGGUCUCACUCCUGAAAAAUCCCCAAGUCUCUAAGUCCUUUAUUACUACUAGCAGUCUUCCGAGUCACCAGGACUAUUACCAGACUUCUAAAAAUUUCAUAGUACACUCAGAAUUGUUUCUAAACAUCUAAAAAACUGCAUAAAUCUUUUUCUAGGCUAUGCAUUCAUUGAAGUUUUCUUUCAGAGUCAAAUUCGCCUGGGAUCACACAUGUCACCAUCAACGAUCGCCUGGAUUUUAAGUAAAUAUCAAAUUAUAAAUGUUCAAUAA